AUCUCUUUCUCUUACUUUCGCAAACAACAACAAUGCAUAUGAAAUUUUUAUUUGAACAACAAUUUUUUAACUACACCUGAUUACUUGCAUCUGAUCUAUCACAAUUAUAUUCACAGUUAAAAAUAUUUUGAAAAACAUUAUUUCCAGAAGACAAAGAUUGCAAUGUAAAACUCACAUGUGACAGUGUUGCUCUCUUUAAAAAUUGUAUUAAUUCAACUACCAAUUCGAUACUGGCCAUUGAGCUGAAAUUUAAUGCAAUUAAACGAUCACUCAAAUGUUAAAAAUUCACCCAAAAAAAUGUCUGUGCAGUUGAUAAUAAAGUCAGCAGCUCAGAAUGUUGAUGAUUUUAAAUUGCAAUGUGAAAUGACAUGGACUAUUGCACAAGUUAAAGAUCAGAUAUCUACUACACAUCCUACAAAACCAGCUUCAAGUCAUCAAAAGUUAAUUUAUGGAGGAAAACUAUUGCCUGAUCAUCUUCCUUUAAAAUCUAUAUUAAAUCCGACUCAAGAUAUACAUAUUCUUCACCUUGUUUGUCCUUGCCCAGUGAAAUUAGAACCGCAAAAGUCAAGUACAAGCAAUGAGAAAACUGCCUCACCUCCUUUAACAGUUCCUCCUUUAAAUCAAAGUGAUUUAUAUCCCCAAGUUAAUCAGCAGUUACCAACUCCACCAGUUUUCACUGGUGUGCAAGGAGGAACUACCAACUUCUUAGCUCUCAAUACACCUGGAGAUGUUGUACAUCAAUAUUUUGCAAUGCAGCAAAUGUACACUCAAUUCAUGGCUCAGUAUUUAUCACAAUAUAAUGGAGUUACUCCUAAUGGUCAAAUACCUAUGACCCCACCACCAGUACAAGAGCCUGCACCAGCAGUUCCUCCUCAGAAUGUGAAUCGAAAUGCUGAGCCAAGAGCUGCUGGAGAAAAUGGAUGGGACUGGAUUGAUCUGAUUUACGUUAUGAGUCGAGCAACCAUGUUUUUCGCCAUACUUAUUUACUACUCCUCACCACCUCGUAUAAUUGCUGUUUUUGUCUUGAUGGUGUUGUUAGUCUUGUUUGCCAAAGUAAAUCGAGAAAGGCAACGUGACGAGGCUCAACAAGCUAAUGAACGACAAAGACCCGAACUUAAUACUACUCCAGAAGAGAAUUCUGAAGCUAAUGAAAAUGCUGAAGCUUCUGAGGAUGCACCUGCAGAAAACCAACCUGCAACUCCAUCUGCACGAACCCCCAUGCAAACUGCAUUAUCAGUUCCUUACACAAUAUUCUUUGUCAUCUACUCAUUUUUCACUUCACUGAUUCCGGCGGAUCCUGUGCCUGUGAACGUGAAUUAAUUUUAAAUGACUUGUAUAGUUGCUGUGUACAUAAUUGUAACAUUGUUAUCAGUUUCAUUCACAUCUAUGAAAAUGUUGUUUUUAAGUGCAAAGUAGCACAGUUUUAAGUUUUGGAUUGUAUAGAGAGAUCUACUCUUUAAAUUGUGCUGUCAUCUAGUCCAUUGCUCGCUGUUGCUUUUUCAUUGUCAUAUUUAGAUGCAAGCUGUGUAUAUCUAGGCUCUAGUGAGAUAUCUUAUUUUAUUUAUUCAAUUCUGAUCUCUGAAUGUUAUAUAUAUAUAUUUUUUGUUAUUUUAUUCCUCCCCCCUGUUAUAUUACGUUGUAUAAAAGUGCAAAUUUAUAUACAAUUUAAAAUGACACGUGGCAUAGAAUGUCGAAAACUUAUUUCUUUUGAGUUAAUCGUUUGGGUGAACCUAUACUUGAUAUUAAAAAUCUGUAGUCCCAUUGAUUGUAUAUUACUCUGCACUUUGUAAAUAAAAUUUUAAAAAUAAAUUGUAAUAUUACUUGUUUUUAAA